AUGGAACUUGACGACUCUUUGAGCCGCAAGUUGGGCCAGCUGAGCAAGGACCUGGGCGCCUGCGCGCAGCAAUUCUUUUUGCAGGCGGGCACGUCAGCCCUCGAGCCGCUGCACGAGGCAGAGCGGCAAAUUCAGCGGCUCACGCUGGAGGAGGGCCGAUUCCUGGAGCCCGAGUUGCCUGAGCCGGGCAAGCUGGCGUGGGCAGAGGGCCAUCUGCAGGAGGUUCUGCAACAGCAGAGUGAGAGGCAGCAGGCGACCAAGCAGGCCAUCCUCCGCAGCUCUAUGAAGUUCACCUCCGCGCUCAGCGCCGCCCAGCGCCUCUUCGGCACUCUGCCAGACGCGGCGGAGGCGCUGAACAAGGAGCUGGCCAUGGGAGCGACUGUCAUGGAUCGAUGGUACGCGCUGACCAACAAGCUACAGAAGCUUUACGACCAGCUGAGUCAGGCUACCACCAAAGCCCAGCUGCAGGAGUGGAUGACGCUAGAGGUGGGGCCGCCAAAGAGCGAGUCCGAGCGGCUAGCCAAGGAGAACUUGGAGAAUGGCCGCGUGUCCCAGGGCGCACUGCUGGAGGUGCUGCAGGCGAGUAAGCUGAAGGAUGUCAAGCCGCACUCGCGGCCCGGCGCGGCGGAGAAGUGCCAAGGGAGGAGCAUCUCCCUGGGGCUGGCGACAUGGGGCGCCGGCAGCUCGCAAACCACAACGCACACCCGAGAGCAUCCGUACCUGCUGCGCCUGGCAGUGGCGCACUACCGCCAGCGCUUUGAGGAGCCCAUCACCAGCGUGGUGAUCGCCCAGGACUUUGAGACGGAUGAACACGUGGACAACAACGUGGGCACCUCCAAGGUCAUGGCGCUGGGGGACUUCACGGGAGGGAGGCUCUUUGUAGAGAAGGACGCCAAGCUGGACUCCCACGAGGAGGACCAGCCACACAGCUACAGGGCCAGCGAGGCCUUUAAGAAAGGCGGCCGGCCGUACGAGGAGGGCGAGGAGGUGCAGGGCUACUACAUCAAGACCCACGGGCUGCUCCGCGUUUUCAACGCUUACUACUUGCACUGGACGGAGCCCUUCCAGGGUGGCCCGCGCUUCACCAUCACCUACUACACCUCCCGGUCGGUGCUCACGUGCAAGGAGAUCGACCGUGUGAAGCUGGAAAAGGAGCUGAACUCGGCUGGCAUGCGAUGGCCGACGCAACAGCAGCUCAAGGCGUGCAAGGAUGCACGCGCGAGCACCGUCGAGUACAAGAAGGUGUGCUACCCCUCCAACAUCCUGGCGUCGGUGGCUGCCAAGCCCCGCAAGGGCGCGGCCCAGGCGCAGCUGGCGGAGGAUCCUGCACCAAGCGCCGGACAAAGUGCUGGACGCUUGGCGAACGAGAGCCCUGCGGCUCUCAUGCCGGCGAUCGUGGAGGCUCAACAGCUGUUGGCGGUGAACUCCAACUACAGAGGGGGCAACGGCACGGAGAUGUGCCGCAAGCAGGCCAAGCUACUGCAGCGGAGGGUGGACAUGCUCAAUGACCAGCCCACCAAGCAAUGGAUCAACCUCCUGUUAACGGAGAUGCUGAUCCCCGCCGGAAGGAAGAAGGAGGCCGGCACCUUUAUGGCCAAAACCCCAGGCACCUGGCGGGUCUACGUGCUGGAGAUCCUUGAGUCGCUGGAGGUGGGCCAGGAGGAGCUCGAGGAGAUGAAGAAGACCCACAAGCUCACAAAGAAGGAGGUGGCUGGGUCCAAAGACACCAAGGCGGCAGUGCUGAAGCUGCAAAAGCUCAAGCGGAGCUGGGGCAAUGGGUGCCCAAAGAGGAAGAGCAAGGAGAUAAGUGCCUGA